AUAAUCACAAUCUCUCUCGCAAUGCCAAACAGAAAAGAAAUAUUUAAGUGACCCAUUUUUAGUUAUAAUCUGUUUUCGAGUAUUGCUUUGAUCAGAUCUGAUUGCCUCGCCAACUCUCCUUCUUGGUCCCUUUACUUUCCAAAGUUGACAGUUGACCCCUCCUCAACACAAAAAUGGAACUCUCAAAGGUAAUAGGAUGACAUGAGAGCAUUCUGGUAUUGAUCAAACAAAAGGAAAAUGUAUCCAAGGCUGGACUACACAUCAGCUGUGUGAGUGGAACAGGGAACCAUCGGUGAUCCAACCAGCAGCAAAAGCAUCAUCAUUGACAUACUUUGUUUAUUGUUAAGGGACGAUUAGUAGUUGUACCAUGCCUCAAUUUGACGGUGGUUCCGGGAACUCUAGAGUGGGAGCCAAGAACUCCACGGCAUCACUUUAUCGGGACAGAGCCAAUUCCAUUUCCUCUCGAUCGAUUGUGUCACAGCAUUCUAGGACAUCUAACAAAAUCAAGAUCCUACGAGCGGGUUCACCGAACUCGGAGGAUGACGCCUCCACCGGGGAUUCGACCUCAGAUGAUGAGAACUACUCGGAUAUGAAGACACUCACGGCGCAAGGGGAAAUCCCUCAAGACUUCUGGCAGAUCCAAAAACUCAUCCGGUACUUGAAGAUUGGCAACCAGACCGCUACCGUCAUCGCUCUUUGUGUCCUCAAUGACUUUGAUCUGACUAAGGAAUAUGCUCAAUUGGCCAUAAUGGACGCAGGUGGACUGGAGGUCCUGUCGAACUUGUUAGAAACCGACGAAAUGAAGUGCAAAGUCGGAGCUCUAAGGAUUCUUCGCCGAAUCACAGUACAUCCUGCUAUCCGGAAGAAGACCACUCUCAUGGGAGGCAUCGACCUUUUGAUCAAGAUCUUGUCUGACCCGGACCCGAAACUUCAACUUUUGGCCGCCGAAACUAUGGCCAAUUUAGCCAAGUUUCGGAAUGCACGCACCAUCGUGCGCAAAAAUGAAGGCAUUCCGAAACUGAUCGACAUUUUGGACAUUGAUCUGGCCAAGUUGCCGAAUGAUAUUGAGCAUUUGGACGACCAUUCCAUUCCGAUUGUAUUGCAAGUAGCACGGGGUAGCGCCUUUGCUCUGUGGUCCCUCUCUAAAUCUAAACGGAACAAACUAUGCAUAAAAAAGGCCGGGGGUCUUCCGCUUCUGGCCAGAUUGGUCAAGCUCCGCCAAACGUCCAUCCUCAUUCCAGUCAUAGGCACCCUUCAAGAAUGUGCCUCUGAGAAGUCAUAUUGUUUGGCCAUGCAGUCGGAGGGAAUGAUCGAAGAUCUGGUUCGGAACCUGUCCAAUCCCAAUCCUAAAUUAAAGAUGCUCUGUGCUAGUGCCAUCUUUCGGUUGGCUGAGGAGAAGGAGAGUCGCCAAUUGGUGAGAGCUCAUGGUGGAUUGGAACCUUUAGUGAUCCUGAUCGACGAGACCGCCAAUCAUGAGAAUAGGCCUCAUAGUGGUCACCCAAGCCAAUGGUCCAGGAAGGUCUUACCUCCAUCCAAGCCCUCCAUUCAGGAUGUCAUCCACAAAUUUGACGACCACCACAAUCGAGAGCUAAUGGCUGCCGUCAGUGGAGCCAUUUGGAAAUGUGCCUUUUCCGCCGAAAAUGUGACCAAGUUCCAAGAUCUCGGUUUGGUGGAAGUGCUCAUCAGGAUCCUCAAAGACAACUGCGAUGCUUUGGAUGAUCUGCAGUUCAAUCCACAGAAAAUAAGCGUGCUCACCAAUGUUGUUGGUGCUUUGGCCGAAUGUGCGAAAAAUGAGCAAAAUGUCAACGUUAUCAAAGACGAGGCGGGCUUGGAGCCCCUCAUCAAGCUCAUAAACACCACUCAUCCGGAUCUGUUGGUAAAUGUGAGCUUGGCUUUGGGGCGAUGCGCUGAGGACAAGAAUACCUUGAUCAACAUUCAUGAAUUGGACGGAGUUCGCUUGAUUUGGUCCCUACUGAAAAACACAUCGGAUCGGGUUCAAGCCAGUGCUGCCUGGGCCUUGAGUCCGUGCAUUCGUAAUGCCCCCAAUUCCGGGGACAUGGUGAGGAGCUUCGUUGGGGGUCUCGAGCUCAUUUGUGGUCUCCUCGAGUCAAGAGAUAUCCAAGUCUUGUCAGCCGUUUGUUAUGCCAUCGCUAAUAUUGCCAAGGACAAGGAGAAUCUGGCGGUGAUCACAGAUCACGGAGUCAUUGAGAAGUUGUCGCGCCUGGCCAACACUGAUAGUGAUCUCCUAAGAGCAAAAUUGGCUCAAGCAAUCGGGAAUUGUUGCGAUUGGGCGGGUAAUCGGGCGUUGUUCGGUCAAUCGGGGGCUGUGGCUCCUUUGGUGUCGUACCUUACCACAACAGACCUCGAGGUCCAUCGUUCUACUUCCGUGGCUUUGUACCAGCUCAGUAAGGACCCUUGGAAUUGCGUGACCAUGCACCAAAACGGGGUGGUACCCCAUCUCCUCCGACUUAUUGGGUCCCAAGAUGAAGACGUUCAAGAAGCCUCCGCGGAUUGUUUACAAAACAUUCGGAAACUGGCUUUGGCGUGUGAAAAAUUUCGCUAUCAACAUUUAAAAACGUAAUUGUAUUAGGCCUUGAUGCAACAGUUUUGUGUGAAUGAAAUGAUGUGGAGUUAAUUUGUGUUGGCCCAUUUCUUGCCCCCUAAAAAGACCAAAUUUCAUCCCAGUGUCUCGAGUUUCUGACAUUUUUCUUGAACUGUGUGCAAACUUGAAGACGCUCUUCCUCAAAGUCAAACAAAUGCGGCGAAACGGUAGGAACAAAACAUAGUUAGGAACCGGUGAAAAAUGUCUUCGAAGAAUAUCGCGCACUUUGUGCUUCAAGCUGAUAUCCAUUUUGGGGAAGUGUCGAAAUGAAAUCAACGAGAGUACAGUUUUGGAUGGUUUACCAUUGCAAUAUUUGAAGAGAACUAGGAAUUUUGGACAUGUGAAUUGUUUCCUAAUACAACUAUUUAGGUAACGGUUGCAAGUGUAACUAUCAAAGUCGGACCAGGGUCCCUUGACAUUUUCACCAUCCAUUCGUUUUCCGCUCAAAUACUCUUUUGUGUUAGUAUCAAUCAAUAUUGAUGGUUUUAGGUACAAUACUUCUUCUCAAUGCUGUGAAUAAAUGUUUUGUUGUCAUUUUUGGUGCAAUGUAGCAUUCUUUAACGUUUUUGCGAAUGCGUUUUGAGAUCAAAUUUGCAGUGCAAGAGUGAUCAUCCUAUCAUUAAUAUUAAUCAAAGGACUCAAUUAUGUCGCAUUUUUUUUAUUAAGUACAGGGUAUCCAAGCAACAGCAUUUGUUUUGGGGGUCAAUUGCACGCCUGGAUUUCAGCGUUUUUGAUCAAGAACAUUAUUUCUUAAAUUUAAAUCUCUUGUCUCUUGAGAUAAACAUUCCCUCGACAUUAUGAUCCCUCCAAUCCAACAUUACAUCUUGUUGACAAACAUAACAAUUACAUUUUAGGUCGUUACUAUUGUAUGAAUUAUUGAUUGUUGUAAUGUAGAUAGUUUACACUUUUGGUUCCAUUUCUUUCAUCGCAUUGAAUAUGAGUUAAUCAUCCUCCCCAAAAAAUGUUGGUGACUUAAUCGUAUCUCUCAUGUUUCAACUUCUUAGAUCCUAUGUCAUUAUUUUUUCGGCGUAGUUUUUCAGAGUCGAUUGACUCUGUUUUGAGUUGAGAAUGAAAAACGUAAAAAAUGUUUUCAACCACGCC